CGCGGCAUCGCGCGAGGGACGCCGCCACCUCCUCCCACGCAGCAGCCCUGUCCUCCCGCUCAGCCGCACAGGUUGAAUCCACCAAAGCGAUGGUUAUGGAGAAGCCUAGUCCCCUGCUGGUCGGGCGGGAGUUUGUGCGACAGUACUACACCCUGCUGAACCAGGCCCCGGACAUGCUGCACAGAUUUUAUGGCAAGAACUCUUCCUAUGCCCACGGGGGCUUGGAUUCCAACGGGAAGCCAGCAGAUGCAGUCUACGGGCAGAAGGAAAUCCACAGGAAAGUGAUGUCACAAAACUUCACCAACUGCCACACCAAGAUCCGCCACGUGGAUGCUCACGCAACUCUGAAUGACGGGGUGGUGGUCCAAGUGAUGGGGCUGCUGUCCAACAACAACCAGGCUCUGCGGAGGUUCAUGCAGACCUUUGUCCUUGCGCCUGAGGGCUCUGUUGCCAACAAAUUCUAUGUUCACAAUGACAUCUUCAGAUACCAAGAUGAGGUCUUCGGUGGCUUUGUCACAGAGCCUCAAGAGGAAUCUGAGGAAGAAGUAGAGGAACCUGAAGAAAGACAGCAGUCACCAGAGGUGGUUGCUGAUGACUCUGGAACUUUCUAUGAUCAGACUGUUAGCAAUGACUUGGAGGAACAUUUAGAGGAGCCUGUUGUGGAACCAGAACCAGAGCCGGAGCCAGAGCCGGAACCGGAACCUGUGUCCGACAUUCAAGAGGACAAGCCUGAGCCUGCAUUGGAAGAAGCCGCUCCUGAGGAUGUGCAGAAGAGCGCCUCCCCGGCCCCGGCAGACGUGGCCCCAGCACAGGAGGACUUGAGGACAUUUUCUUGGGCGUCUGUGACUAGUAAGAACCUUCCUCCCAGUGGGGCUGUUCCAGUGACAGGGACACCACCUCAUGUGGUCAAAGUGCCAGCAUCACAGCCCCGUCCAGAAUCUAAGCCUGACUCUCAGAUCCCACCACAAAGGCCUCAGAGAGAUCAGAGAGCUCGAGAGCAGCGGAUCAAUAUCCCUCCUCAGAGAGGACCCCGGCCAAUUCGUGAGGCUGGUGAACCAGGAGAUGUGGAACCCCGAAGGAUGGUGAGGCACCCUGACAGUCACCAGCUCUUCAUUGGGAACCUGCCACAUGAGGUUGACAAGUCGGAACUGAAGGAUUUUUUCCAAAGUUAUGGGAAUGUUGUGGAGCUGCGCAUCAACAGUGGUGGGAAGUUACCCAACUUCGGUUUCGUUGUGUUUGAUGACUCGGAACCAGUUCAGAAGGUCCUUAAUAACAGGCCCAUCAUGUUCCGAGGUGCGGUUCGCCUGAAUGUGGAAGAGAAGAAGACUCGAGCUGCCAGGGAAGGCGACCGCAGGGAUAACCGCCUUCGGGGACCUGGAGGCCCCCGUGGUGGGCCGAGUGGUGGGAUGAGAGGCCCUCCCCGUGGAGGCAUGGUGCAGAAACCAGGCUUUGGCGUGGGCAGGGGGAUUACAACUCCAAGGCAGUGAAUUGCUUGGCUCAGAUCUCCACACAGCACACAGCCCCGGCUCCUGCAGAAUGGUGAAUUCCUUCAACCAGCCUUUGGUGUCUUGGAGUAGUCUAUUAUAAACUGCUUGAGUUUGUACAAUUUUAAUUUCGCUUGUGUUCAUGGUGUGUGCUCCCCAAACCCCUUUCCUCCCUUGACCUUUUAGUCCUUCAUUCCCAGUUUUCCGGAAUGAUACUUUAGGAGGAAUAGAUUUGUAAAGACGAAGAGGAAAGACUGACCUUCCUGCUCACGCUGCAUACACAGACUGGAGUCUCACGGCCAUUCCCCAGAAGUGUCUCGGUUUCACUGACCACGGAUGUUUCAUUUGUUGGGAGACACAGGAUUUGAUAAACAUUUUGGAAGCGGGAAAAAUCAAGUCACAACUCCUUUCUGGUGUGGAAAAAUUGCCUUUUGGCAACUGCCACUGGGUCCCUGCAGGUGUGGCUAACUGAAUAAAAGGUGUUCUUUUGACAUGUGAUUACCAAACAAUUCUAAACCUCCAUUUUUACCAUUGGAUUUUUAAAUUGUGAUGUAGCCUGUCAAUGUCUAGAACACAGCUAAAGACUUUUGUUGAACUGUUAGAUUUUUUUGAGGUAGAGUUUUUCAUGUUUUAUUUGUAUUUGUAAAAAAAAAAAAAGAAAAAAAAAGAAAAAAGAAAAAAGGACAAAAAAUUCCCACGAGAAAACAAACCCCAAAUCUGAUGACAAAACCAAGCAACACUGUGCCUUCUAUUUAUCGUUGACUCCGGCCCUGGCAACUGUUUAAAGGAAAGUAAUAAAGAUUCCAGAGUUGUUUUCAGAUUCAGAGUAUGUGGGGGAACUGCACAAGUUUUUUGAUCACGUGUAUGUGUCGUGUUAACAUUGUUCUGCCUUAUCCUAAAUCACGCCUCAGACUGGGAUGCUUUUGAGGAAAGGUGCUUCUGUGAGGCCUCUGACCUCAGUGGCUCUGUGCGCCACACUCUACUCUGCUGUCUGUCUGGGUUCCUGGUGGGCCAUAAGAAGGAUUUGGUUGAAUAUUGGACUUGGCUAAUGUGCUCCAGGGUCUGCAUUUUUUUUCUUUAAAUCAUAGCCAUAUGGUAAAUUUUCUAUUUUGUUACGGUUCUCUUUUACUGAUGGACAUGCAGUGGGUGUUUCUUGGAAAAAGGCCAAUUUUUAUUAAAAUAUUUCUGGAAGAAAACUUCAUCUGGCAAUGUAGACUGCUAAAACUCACUUUCCAGUGUUGUGUGUUGAGUGCUGUGUGUGACAUUGGGUGAAGGUUUUGUCCGCACAAGCCUCCAUGGACAAGUCAUUAGUCUGAAGGCAACCAGAGUGUCUAACUUUUCCUAAUGUUUGUGUGUAUGUCUAUGUAUAUGUGUAUGUCUAUGUAUGUGUGUAUGUAUAUGUAUGUGGGAGUCUUCAUACAUGCGUGCACCACAGUAUGCUUGUGGAAGUCAGGGCAACUUGGGAUCUAGGCCUUAUACUCCACUGUUUGAAAUUGGCCCAUGAGCCACAAGCUUCUAUGGGCUCCUGUUUGUGCCUCUCAUCUUGCUGUAAGGGCACAAGGAUUUCAGACAUGUGCUGCCAUGCCUGUCUUCCCUGUGGCUUCUGGGAAUUAGUCAGGUCUUCAUACUUACACAUAGUGCUCAGCCAGCUCGUCUGACUUUAGAGCUGUCACAUAUGUAUGCUGGUUUUGUUAGGGUAGUUGGGAUGAAAAUGGUGUGAGGUUGUCAGGUUUGGUCUCAAUACCUCACAGAUCUAAAUGUUGACAGCAUGUUGUGAACUGAGGUAACCAAAUCCCACGACUGGGGGUUCAGUUUAAGCACUUCAUUUGAGGUGGUGACGAUGCAGAUGUGUGCAGCAUGUACUUUGUAGUAAAGUGUAUGGUUACAAGGACAACUGAGCCAGGCUUGGUGACUCAUGAUGAUAACCCCAGCACUCAGGAGGCAAAAGCAUGGUCUGUGAAGCAAGUUCCACCAAGGUUGCAUAGUGUGACUUUCAAGAAACAAGGCAAAAGGGCAGCAAAGAAAAGUCCCAAGUGGCACACAAUGGCACAGGCUUGCCUGUGUAGUCUCAGAUCUCCGGUUCAAGGCUAGUCUGGCCCAUAUAAUAGUCUCUUAAAAGUUUCAGUAACUUGGGUAAAUCUAAAAAUGAUUUUCACAAUUGAGUACUAAGACAUGCAUUUAGAAGUUUUUUCCUAGUCACCUGAUUAGGUGAUUGACAUUUGCUGUACAGAGUAAGGUGUCAUGGCAGCAUCCCUCAUUUCUCUGGAGACCAAGGGUAUCAGAGUGAUCUGGAUUGAUCUGAGAAAGAGCAACCUGUGGGUGGGUUGGGAUAUGAGAAGCCCAUUCUCUUCUACCUCAGAUAAGUGUGUAGCAGUACAACCGCGCGCGUGUGUGUGUGUGUGUGUGUGUGUGUGUGUGUGUGGUGUGUAGGGAUGUAGCAGUACCCCUAUUGCUUGUGACUGGGGUUGGGGAACUGCUUCAGCCCUACCCUAUUUCCCAGCAGUGGCACUGGGGAUCAGAGUGUGCUUUGGAAGGGCAUGGGUCUCAGCUUGGCAGCCCGUUUUGCACUGGAGAAUCUGGAUGCCAAUGACACCACGUGAAGCCUAAACCUUGGAGCUUAAGAGGUGCUCAUGGUUACAGAAAGCACAGGCUAUUUCAGAAGUGGCUGCUGAUGUCAGCCUUCUCAUGUCAAGAUUUGAUCUGCAGGGAAGACUCAGGAUGUCGUUCUUUGUUAUUGAGCUUAACUAGGAUCCGUGAUGGGUAUUUUAGCCAAGUGAGACUUUAUGUAUGUGUACAUGUCUAUGUGGAUGUUGGCCACAUGUGCAGGUGCCUCAGAACACCUAUGGCCCCUUGGAGCUGGAGUUACAGGUGAGUGAGCCCUCCCACAUAGGAGCUGGGAAUCGAACUUAAAGUCCUGGAAGAGCAGCAGGGUACUCUUAGGCAUGAGUCUCUGUUCAGACCUAUUGGAAGUAAGUAACCAGACCUUGACCAGACCUUUCAUUUGCUUUCCUUGUGAGGUGGCACUCCUGUGCUCUGCAGUCUCAGCUGCUGCUUUGGAACAGGGACAGUGACAGUUGGAGAGUUGCAAUCAGGGCCUGUGGCACACGCUUAAUCCUGGUGCUCAGGAGACUGAGGUGAGGAUUGUGAAUUCAAAACCAGCCUUGAUUACAAAGCAAAGCCCACUUUUGUUUACAGCAAAACAAGUGAGCCCACUUAGCUUUCAUGUGUGCCUUGGAUUAUGGCACAGUAAUAAAGGGAAGAGAUGGUGGGAAGCAGUUGAGCGAACAGGGCUUUCAGGAGCAGGCGGGGCUUCGGGCAGUACCUACAGUAUUGAGCCAGGAGCCCGGUUCCUGUGAGUGCCUGUGAGCUGGAUGUCUAGGGUGGAAUUUCCACCUCUCAGACCACUUGGGGUGCCAUUCAGGACACAGUAGCGCCCUGCAAAGUUAGCUCACCAGUUGCCCUCUACAUAGCUGCUCCCUGCCCACCUUUAGGGAUGGAUUUACUGUGUCAACAAGCUGGGUCUUGUGAGGUGUGAGGAAGGGAACAGGUGGUUCUGUGUGUGUCUGUGUGUGGAAGCCUUGGGCGUUCCACAGGAGCCGUCCACCAUGUUUUUGCUUGUUUUUGUUUUUUUGUGACGUUUCAUUGUGUAUUCAUUUCUAGCUGUUCUGGAACUUGCUACAUAGCUUAGCCUCCUAUUAACUCAGAAAUUUGCCUUCCUCUCUGCCUGCCAAAAGUUGGUAUUUAAGGUGUGCACCAACACACCAGGCUCUACCUUGUCUUUUUAAAAUAAGGCUUCUCACCUGUUACCCUGAUUAAGCUGUGAUUAAGUCAGUGAACUCCAGGGACCCACCCGUCUACCUACAUGGUGACACCAUGUGUGUUCUACAGACUGAAUUCAGGUCCUCACUUUACAGAACAAACAAUUUCUCCAGAGACAGUGUCUCUGUGUAUCCUGGAAUGCACGCUGUAGACAAGGCUGCCCUCAAACUCAGAGGUCCACCUGUCUGCCUAGUGGGAUUAAAGGCCUGCAUCAACACCGCUUGGCUGCUAAUGUGAUGCUUUAAUACCUAAAACGUGGCUGCCACUUUCUCUGAGGUCCUUUAGCAUUCUGUGUUCUGAACCUCGGUGUUUUUGCCCCAGGGGCAGCGUUUUGGGUGGAAAUACACCCAGCUGUCAGGACGUGUAUGUGUCAUGUGCGGAUUAAGAACCCACUGUUUCUUUCCAUUUGACUCGCACUUGUGUGAUGAGUCCCCAUGACACUCCUGGGUAUGCUGAGACCUUAGCGUCAUGUGACUUCUCCCUGCACGUGUGCCUGUGUGCUCCAGCCCCACCUCUGUCUCACGCUGGUUUUUGUCUAGACCUGCACUGUUGAGCACUGUAAGUGAACAGAUUGAUCCCCCUUCAUUUUGUUUGUCCCUUUAUGGUUCUGUCCCAUCCAUUGUCAUAAGCAGGGUCUUCCUAGAGGACUCUGCCCCUCUUAUGGUUCAGCCUGGAGUUGGAAUUACCACUGGGUUAGGUUGUGGCUUCUUAAGGAAUUGAGACCUGACACUUUGAAGUCCCCAUGAUGGUUGAGUCAGUGACUGGGGGUAGCCUUCCAUCAAUUUCAGAUCGGAAAUUUCAGUAUAGGAAAUUGUUGGGAGGCUGGGGGUUGGGAGGUGGGGCAUGUGUGAGGAGGAAGUCCCCGGUCUCAGACUUACUUCCUGCUUGUUCCUAGUCCCUGCAGAACAACUGAUUUGUUGUAAGCUCAGAACUCAAGCUCCACCCUGCUAGAGGAGAGUGGUCAGUUUCCUUCCUUCCUCCCUGCACCCAAGGUUCAGUUAAAUCCCAUCAUGCUACCUCAGCAGACUCCCCAGGUCACUCCUCCCACCUCCAGGAUCUUGCUGGUCUUUGCAUCAUCUUUAGAUGAGUCUUUCUGAAACAACCUUGGCCUUGUAUCCCCCACACGUGUGUUUUCUCUCACCAGUCCCAUAGACUGUAAGCCCCUGUGGCAGGGUCUAUGAGUGAGUCGCCUGUGUUAACCUUCAGUGGUACCUACCAAUAAAUAUUCUUGGCUGAAUAAAUGAAA